GUAGUGUUGUACGAUAUCGAGUCGGCCGUGAGACCAUCGUCCCGAAUAAACGCGAAACUCGGAGAAAAAGUGCCUCAAAAUGAAAACCAACCAUUGAGGGGUCCAAAAAUGACAAAAUGAUCGCCGACGAGUACGAAGACGACGCCCACUUUUGCCUGAGAUGCCACGCGACCGUGCUCGGCAUAGACAACUACGUGGGCCACCGCAAGGCGGGCUGCGUCAAGGGCGGCGGCGCAGUCCCUGAUCCGCCCAAAUCGCCGCCACCCAGCCAGCUGCUGCCGCCCGACGAAUCGUUCGACCUCAAGGCUGACGACUUUUUUUCUUCGUUGGAACUGCGUAGCAGCUCGAAGCGGGCCGAUUCGCAGGCGGGGGCGGGCGGGAAGCACCUGACCGGGAUAUUGACUAGGAGCAGGACCACGGCGGUGAUCCAAGCGGCAGCCUCAGCGCCGAAAGACCCCACUGAGGCACAACAGUCCAAAUCUGGAAAGAACGUGUGGAUUGGGGGGGACCAGCUGAAAGAACUGGGCCACGGCGACAAUCACUCGAAGCUGAUCAAGGCCGUGGCCAACUUAGAGAGGAGGAAGGAGGAGCCGCCCAAGUUGGACGUGUUCGAGGAUUCCGAGGACGAGUCCGAUGAGUUCGAUUUCGAGGACGAGGAGUCCAGUAGCGAUGACCAAGACGUACCGCCUAGACAUCACACAGGAGGGAAAUGGAAGCCCUCAUCGCCAGUCCAAUGGGCUAGAAGCACUGACAGCAGUACCUGGAACGUACCCCCUCCAACUUUCACCGGGGGCAAAUGGAAACCCAGCUACAAACGAUCUUCUACCCCUCCUCCCACUCACACGAAGGGCAAAUGGCCGCCUCCCUCGUUCACUGGGAGCAAAUGGGUGCCCAGAAAGCAGGAAGACCUGAGUGUGCCUCCUCCGAGUUUCACUGGCAGUAAAUGGGUGGCCCCGAAGAAGCAAGACAGCGAAGAUAUCUACAAUAAAGGAAGGGGAAAGACGAAACUGGAGAUCGAUGAGGAGAAAGGAACGACGGAGAGUGAUGUUCCUCUAGCCCACCACACUAAAGGGAAGUGGAAGCCUAGGACAGAAGAAGAUGAAGAUUUUCCUCCUCCCUCAUACACCAAGGGUAAAUGGAAGCCCAAACCAGCCACCGAACCCGAUCCACCUCAACCAUCAUUCUCAAAACAAAAAACACAAUCAUCGAAAUCCAUCAAGAACGACACAAAUAAACUAAUCCUGACAGUCCCAGAAGAAACGUAUACCAAAGGAAAGUGGCUGCCACCGACAGACAACAAAUCCAGCUCCAAAUUGAAUAGUCAGAGCCUCUUGAGAAAAUCCGGUGGUACCAUCCAGUACUGGUGCAGCCCUUGCAACAGAAGAUUGGCUUCCAAGGUCGUGUACGAGAGGCACUUGAAAUCCGAGCUGCAUUUCAAGAGGACAGCUCACGAUAGAGAUUUCGAUGAAACUGGCGAGCUGUUGAUGAGGAGUGUUCGUCGCCCGAAGCUGAAGCUAUCUGAGCCUAUCUUCAGUUCUGAUGAAAAAGCAACGACGAGUAAAAAGAGGAAACGAAGGAAGGUUUACGAAAGGUGCGAUGUUUGCUUAUCAAGGGUGAAUAAGUACCUUAUUGGUAAACACUUGAUUUCGCACUACCAUUGCAGGAAAGGAAAUAUCCGCACUGAAGAAGCGAGACGUAUGGUACUGGACAACAUCCACGACAUAGUGUUAGAGAGCCCGUUCCAAUGCAGUGCUUGCAAGUUCUACUGCAACACCCACCGAGACUUCCUUCGUCACUGGCUGUCUCCAGAGCACACCUGCAAAGUGCUGCCUGGACACUUCUUCUGCAUCCUCUGCAAAUUCCGAACAGAAGACACAGGGCUGAUGUACGCACACUUGGUGUCUGACGAGCAUACAGAAGUCGUGUCUGUCAUCAACAGAUCCCUGCCGAUCGUUAUCAAGAAAAUCAACCCGGUCGCUUGCCCGACUUGCCACCAGGAGUUCAUGUUGAACGUCCAGCUAUUGGAGCACUGCAAGAAGUUCAACCACGACGACUCCUCUGCUGUGAAAUUCAAGAACCAGUUCAUCUGUGACGUGUGCGGAGUCGGCUUGGAGUCCAACAAUGCGGUGAAACGUCACCACAGGGUAGCUCACAAUGCCAACUUUUUCGUUUGCAAUCCUUGUGGGUUGAGGUUCGAGAGUGCCGUGGAGGCCAAGCGGCACAGGAAGAGUGUGCAGCACAAGUAUUUGGCUAGCGGAGAGAAAAGUUCGAAGGAAAAAACAUGCGAGUACUGCCAGAAGAGUUUCGGGAAUUUCCUGCUGUUGAAGGAGCAUAUUGGUAAUUUCCAUCCGGAGCAGAAAAUAAGGUGUCCCCAUUGCGGCACAUCAUUCGCGAUCGCCCAAGACCUCAGCGCGCACCUCCGCAACAAAUCCUGCAAGUUCGAGGAGAACUCUCUCGACUCGCUGCGCUGCGGCAAGUGUCCUUUCACUUCCGCCUCCGCCUCCGAGCUCUUCUUCCACGUGGCGUUGCACGAGCCGCCCUCCGAGGCCUAUCCUGAUGGUGUGGAGGGCAAGAAGACCAUCUUCAGGUACAAGUGUCCCGUUUGCGAGAAGAGCUUUCCCAAGGGGUCGCUCGAGGCGCACAUCAGGCAGCACACGCAAGAGAGGCCGUAUGUUUGCAGAAUAUGCGACAAGUCCUUCGCCAGAAAAAAUAAUCUUCAGUUCCACUUGAAGAAUCACGAAAAGAAGAGGGGGAAGCUGAUUGUUCCGACUGCCGGUGAAAGGCCGUACCUGUGUUCGGUGUGUGGCGCCAGCUUCAAAAGAAAGUCUAUACUUCAGCAGCACAUGCAGAUCCACACAGGCAAAGAGUGUAAGUGCCCUCACAUCGGGUGCGUCUACACGGCCAGAAAGAUGAGCGAAAUCAAUCAACAUUUCAAAAUUCAUCAAGACGCCAAAGAACACGCCUGCCAAGUUUGCGAGUAUAAAGGAAAAACUAAACAACAUUUGACUAGGCAUAUGACCCUCCACGCCAAUACGAAGAGAUAUCAGUGCUCGCAGUGCUCUUUUACAUCUAGGGAUUCUACGCAUCUUCGAAGACAUAUUCGUAUCCACACGGGAGCAAAACCGUUCAGUUGUCCAUACUGUAACUACAAGUGUAACAAUCUGGAAAAUUUACGGAAGCACAUCUUGUCCACGAACAAACAUCCGGGCAAGUGCAUUUACGAGUGCAAGUUUUGCGCCGGCGACGAUGCAGAUACGACCCCGUUCCAGACAAACUUCGCCAAGGACUUCAAGGCCCAUUUGGUGAUGAGGCACCAGGAAACGUUUGGCAACGGCGCGGAGGCAGCGACGUACGUGGCGGGCAUCUACGACGUACAGGACGACAGCACCUUCUUGGGCCACGUCGGGAGAACGACGCUCGAGGGCAUCGACGACCAAUCGGAUGACACCGACCCGAACCUACGAGACGCCUCUGACGCCAUAGCGUGCCGGAUUUCCCCCCCAUUAUCCCACGUUGCCCCCCAGGCCUCCCACCUUGAUCAAAUGCUGCCUGAGUUCCCCAUAUCCAAGGACUUCGCUAUUUCCAAGGACUAUGCCAUUCCCAAGGACGACCGUGGUGGAGCCACUGUCAACGUAGACAAUCUCCAGGACUCUUGGAGUCUAGUGGGGCGGUACGACGUUGAAGAGGAAUCGGGGACGCUAAUUCCGUUCCAGAGCGAAGACAGUGACAGUCUGUUUCAAGGGCAUUUUUGAACUAUGAGAUCGAACAAUAAAAUUUUUCUUAAACUG